AAUCUCAGAGUUGCGGGAUGUAUGAAAAUGACCGCCAUAUUUUGUGUUUCAACUGGUUCCUUCCUCAAUGUAAUUCUUCAUGUUUAUGGGUUUAGACUAGACGCUUGUUUUUAAAAUAUCUGGCGUAAACAUGCAGAGUUCAACUACAACCGAUCGAACACAAGGUUUGUCUACGGAAACUAAGAUGAUUCUUAUGCAACAGCAGUUAGCACUGCUUUUGCAUGCUGAUCAUUGUGAACGCCUUGAAAGAAGAGGAUUAGUAACAAACUGUGUAGAUAGGAAUUGUAGUGAAAUUCGAAGCCUGUUACCCCACUUACAGAGUUGUACUCGAGAAAGAGAGUGCAACGUGCCACAUUGUAUCUCAUCGAAAUACAUAAUGCGGCAUUACCGUUCAUGCAGAGAUAUGGAAUGCAAAGUUUGUUCAGCAAUCAGAAAACCCACUGGGAAUUCUACAUCCUCCUCCUCCGCCUCAUCAUCAUCAUCAUCAGUAUCAUCCAACAUUAGUUGUUCUCAAAAUGGUCUCAGUUCAAACCAUAAAUAUGAUUCGCCAUCGUUGAAUGGUAUAAAAGCGUCUGACUCACCAAUUCCAUCUCAAAAGAAUUCAUUUGUAGCUGGUUCCUGUGAAUCACAGUCCGCUCCUAUGGUAAAUGGUGAAGCUAGUCGGAUACCUUUAAAUGAAUGCCGCGUAACAGAUCAGCAAAGAGAGUUAGCCAUGAAGAAAUUUGUAAAUGAUAUAUCCUUAUCAAUUUUUCCAACGGCACAUCCUACGGCGUAUAGUGAUCCCAGAAUGAAACAAUUUUUAGAUUAUGUUAAGCGAAUGGAAAAAGAUGUUUUCAUGAAAUCGAAAUCAACUGAAGAAUACUUCAAAACAAUGGCUCUCCACUACCAUAACAUACAUUCAGAAUUAAAAGAAAAGCGUCGUUUACGAGAAGCCCAUCCCCCUCUACAGAAUGGUGAGGCGUCUACUAGUGCACAAUCGUCAGAUUCGACAAAUUCUACAGCAUCAGAAAAUGGUUCAUCAAAUGUGGUAAACUCUUGUGAUCAGGAUCAGUUCUCAGAUGCUCUAGAAAUUGUGUCCAAGCGUGAAGAAGAGAUUCAACGAGGCGUGAAAACAGAGAUUUCUGCGGAAAACUCAUCGAAUUCUUCUGGUUUCGUAGAGGCUUCAGAAGAAAGAGAUACUAAACAGAAUUCAAACUCACCAGAAGUAAAAUACAACCCUGUUGCUUCUACAGAGACUGUUGAGGCGGAUACUAAAGCAACAACAGCUGAUGAAAAAAGUGAACCAGACUCAAAAACACCUCCUGAAGCCACUAAUUCUGAUGAGAAGAAAGUAGAUCCUCAGGCUCCUCGAGAACCUGUCAGGAAAAGAAUAUGGUAUUCAAAUGAAUUACUGCAGUACUUUUUACCAGUUGUAACAAAAAUAAGUAAAGAGAAGGAUGCUGAACCGUUUUUAACCCCAGUGGAUUGGAAAUUCCUAGAAAUCUAUGAUUAUCCACAGAUAGUUUCAGACCCUAUGGAUUUAUCGACCAUUCGAAAGAAAUUAGAAGAUCGCGAGUAUAAAGAUCCCUGGGAGAUAGUUGAUGACUUUUGGUUAAUGCUGAACAACGCAUGGCUUUAUAAUAAGAAGACCUCAAAGGUGUAUAAAACAUGUACAAGGUUGGCGGAAACCUUCGAGAGUAUUAUCGAUCCUGUGAUGCAAUCGUUAGGCUUUUGCUGUGGUCGUGAACACUAUUAUCAACCGCCUACAUUGACCUGUUUAACCCCGAAGUUCUGUACAAUAUAUCGUGAUGCGGUGUAUUAUGUGUACAAAAGCGAUGGUCAAACCCCGGGGCUUUUGGAACAAAAUUAUACAGUCUGUGAACGAUGUUACAACGAAGCAAUGGAUCAGAUAGCGUUGGAUAGUGAUUCCAGUAGUCCAGUGAAUGUUCAGAAAAGAUUGAUGGAAAAAUGCAAAAAUGAUGUCAAAGAAAAAGAGCCAUUUGUAUUCUGCAAACAUUGCGGCAGGAAAUGGCAUAAAGUUUGUGCCAUCUACCUUGAAGAGAUUUGGCCCGACGGAUUUAUCUGUAAUCAUUGUAUUGUCAAUUAUGGAUUAAAACGUGCAGAGAAUCGUUUCACAGCCAAAAAACUCGCCACCUGCAAAUUAAGCAACUUUUUAGAAAAACGUGUCAAUGAUUUUUUGAAGAAAAAAGAGGCGAAUGCUGGUGAUGUUAUUAUACGUGUAUUAGCUGCAGCAGACAAAACUGUUGAAGUGAAGUCUGGCAUGAAAACACGAUUCUGUGAUAAUGGAGAGAUGCCUGAAUCUUUCCCGUAUAGAGUGAAAGCUAUUUUUGCAUUUCAAGAGAUCGAUGGUCAAGAAGUCUGUUUUUUUGGUCUUCAUGUACAAGAGUAUGGCUCGGAAUGCCCUUUGCCUAAUACUAGACGAGUUUAUGUUGCCUAUCUUGAUUCUGUGUACUUUUUUCGGCCGAAACAAUAUCGUACAGAGAUAUAUCAUGAACUGUUGGUCGGUUAUAUUCAUUAUGCAAAGUUACUUGGUUUCACAAUGGCUCAUAUAUGGGCUUGUCCGCCUAGUGAAGGGGAUGAUUACAUUUUCUACAUGCAUCCACCGGAUCAAAAGAUUCCAAAACCUAAGCGAUUACAAGAAUGGUAUCAAAAAAUGCUGAAGAAAGCACUGUUUGAACGCAUUGUAGUCGAUUACAAGGAUAUCUGUCAAGAUGCUAAUGAAUCGCAUUUAAUCUCUCCUGCUGAAUUGGCAUACUUUGAAGGAGAUUUUUGGCCAAAUACACUGGAAGAGAUAUUUAAGGAAAUGGAUGAAGAAAAUGCCAAAAGAAAACAAGAACAGGAGGCACUGGCUCGUGGUGGUGGUGGCGGAGGCGAUGAUGACGAUGAAGCCAAAGAGAAUGUACAAACUAAAGAAAAUGAUGAAAAUCCCGGGAAGAAAAAAGCAAAACGACGAAAACUUAAGCGUAGUGCAUCUAUUACAAUCACGGGUAAACGAAAACGUUUAGGUGGUAUCGGCUCAGGAGAUGUUGCCAAUGAAGUUGCACGUCGUGUCUAUGAAAUAAUGGAAAAGCAUAAAGAGAACUUUUUUGUUAUACGACUACAUCCUCAAAAUUCUGUUGCAUCUCUUCCACCGAUUAAAGAUCCUGAUCCACUCAUCAAUUCAGAGUUAAUGGAAUGUCGUGGUGCUUUUUUAGAGAAGGCUAGAGAGAAACAUUUAGAAUUUUCAUCAUUACGUCGUGCCAAGUAUUCCACUCUAGUGAUGUUAUAUGAGUUACACAAUGAAAAUCGUCAACCUCUUAUGUACACGUGUAAUGUUUGUAGUGCCCAACUGGAAACUCCUUGGCACUGUAAACAAUGCGUUGAGUAUGAUUUAUGCCCACGUUGUUAUGAAACAGAAAAUCAUCCUCAUCCUAUGGUGAAAAUAGGCAUUGGACUUGAUGAUUGUAAUAAAGGACAAGAAUUGAAUAAUGAUUCAGCUAUCCAAGAAUCUGGAAGAGAUAAAUUAAGUCGUUGGGUAAAGGCUUUAGGCCAUAGUUGUUAUUGUCGUGAUGCCAAUUGUCGUGUAUAUGCUUGUAAAACAAUGAAGUAUCAGAUCCAGCAUUUCCGUGUCCAUUCAACAGAUCGAAAUCAAUGUUCUGUGUGUCGAUUUAUCUACUACCUAUGCUGUUAUCAUUCUAAAACUUGUCAUGAAUUAAAAUGUCUAGUACCUUUCUGUCCUAAACUGAAGGCUAAAAUGAAGCAACAACAAAAACAACAACGUCUCAAACAGACACAAAUGCUUCGUAGACGAAUGGCUACUAUGCAGCGGUGUAACAGCAUGACUCCUAACCAUCAGCCUACUCCUCCCCCAUCCCAGUCUUAUCAACAGUGCUCUCAAUCCUCAACAUCUGACUGUAUAUCUUCUCCUAUGUCUAUACCGAUGCAGUCAUCGCCAUUUGCAUCUGCAACAGUGACUACUGCUUCUUACAAUCUUACUUCUCCACACUCCAGAAGUCAGUCUUCUAUUCAGUCUCCUCAACAAAGUCAAUUUUUCCAUCCUCCAAGCUCAUCUUUUCAAAAUACUCAGCAGUCUGUUCACCCCUCAAAGGGAAUUGUACCUAGCCCAUCUGUUCCCAGAUCACCGUCUAUUGCUUCCACAUCAGCUUCCCCUUGUGUCCAAAAUCUCCCUCAGUCUACAGGCGUUCACAAUCCAUGUGUAUUGCCUUCAGAAACAGAUCAGUUAAUGAAUGCCAAUGUGGAUGUCAGUAGAACGAGUUUUAACUAUCAAUCUCAAAAUAGGUUUCCUUCGUCUACAGCUCAACACGUAGCUGCAUUCAGUAAUCAACAGCAGCGACAGCAGGUACCAGAACGUCCUCAGCUGAAUAUGGCAAAUAACAUGGUACCUAAUUAUGUUGUUUCUCAGCAAAAUUUCCAGUCACAUCCAUCUUCUUCCGGGCAUUCAAUUAUAAACAGACCAUCAGUUGCACCUAAUCCAACAUUUAUGGAUACCUCAUCUCCUAAACCGUUUGUACAUCAAUCAUGUGUAACCUCUAUGGAUAUUGAUUCACCAUACUCCCAACAAAUGAUGCCAGGUCAACGGUUUCUGGGAGAAAAUGAACAUAAUAGUUGUACUUACAACAAGCAACAACAACAAAUCCCUAUACGCCAUCCUUCACAAACAUAUCCUCAGGUUAUUGAUGGACAAAAUCCUGGUACUCUUUUACCUCCUAACCAGCCUUCUUCAUCAGCAACUAAUCCCACUCCAAACUGGAGGCAGCCAGGGCCUGCACUAUCCAGCAAUAUUAUAUAUCCGCAAGGCUCAUCUGUAUGUUCCACUCAACAGAACACGUCAGUUGUUCGGUCCAAUCCUGCACCAUCCUUACUUCCUCAAUCCAUGGGGUCAGUAACUCCACCGAAUGCUGGUGUUAUUGUCCCAUGUGGAGUAUCACCAGAGGAUUUACGUAUCGUUCAACAGGCAUACACCACAAUGAGACAACGGGGCGCUCCAGCAUCUGAGUUUUCAAAUUGGUUAAAUUGCAAUCCACAAUAUCUGAGAGCAUGGCAGUAUUUGCAGCAAUCUCACAUGAACAACAUGAAUAACCAACAGCAGCAACAACAACAACAGAUGCAGCAGCAGCAACAACAACAGAUGCAGCAACUACAGCUGCAACAACAACAACAGCAACAGCCUCAAAUGUCUGGAUGUGUUGUAUCCAACACGACAAAUACAUAUUCAUGUCCAAUGGGAGUCCAGCAACAACAACAACAGCUGCAGCAGCAGCAACAACAACAACAUAAUACAUAUUCCACAUGUCAGAUACCACAGAAUCCUCAGUGUGUUACUGGCCCACGUCUUUUACCUCAAGCUAGAUAUUCUUAUCCACAAAUUCAACAACAACAACAACCUCAACCACCACUACCACAACAACAGCAGCAGCAGACGAUUAUAGCAAAUUCCCAACCACAAUCUUGGUCUUCUUCUAUGCAUGUACAGCAGCAACAACAACAACAGCAGCAGCUACAACAACCUCGUUUUCGUCAAGUGGUAACAGCGCCAAAUUUCAAUCAACAACAACAACAACAGCAGCAGCCUAAUCACCAGCAAUUUUCUAUGCCUUGUCAUCAACAAGUCAACAGACUCCCGUGUACAAGUUUAUCACCAACACAGACAACGUCGAAUUCUUCACCUCAACGGUAUAUUAUGAGUCAAACAAAUCUGCCUCAACCAUUAACCAAUCAGAUUCCUGCUUCAUCUUCUGUGCCUAACAACAUAUCUAGAUGUCCUCCUCCUCCGCCUCCUAAUGCUAUGAUAUCACCACAGAUGAUGGCUCCCCUCCCUCGUUGUACAAACAAUCCGCCUACAAUGCCUUCUUCUGCUUCCUCGACAAUGAUGGGACUUGUAAAUCCCACUGGUGGUUGUGGUGCUGGUGGUAUGGGUGGCCCUGUUCGUUCAGUAGUUCAGCCUUCUCCGCAUUACUCAUCUGUAAUGUUAUCACAGUUGUUAGGACCGGGUCAAACUUCAAAUCUUACUAACAACAACAGCAGCAACAUCAACAACAAUCCAUCUUCUUCUUCUAUGCCAGAAUAUCCGAAUUUACCAAAUAAACAACAGCAUCUUGUACGCCAGGAAUUCAUUCCUUCAACAGUUUUUCAGCAGAAAUUGAAUUAAACUAGGGCUAAAUAUAUUAUUGCUUUAUAUACAUAUACAAAUUAUCCAAUCGGCUUACUUGAACUGUGUGUAUGCGUGCGUACGUGUUGAGUAGUUCCCGAUUGAUGAUUGGUUCUCUUUCCUCUAUCCAUCAGAUGUGUGUGUACAUAAAUAUACAUAUUAUACAUAAAUAUAUAAAUAUGAAUUUGAUUAAUAAUAAAUUAUCUUUGAGUUUGCAUUACAUAUAUAUAUUAAUACUUGUUAUUUUAUUUUAAUUUUAUUUUUUUUUCCGUUUUUUGAAAACGAACUACAAGAACAUGUGUGUAAAUAGUACUUUGAACGUAAUUGGCAUUUUCCCUCUCUCUCUCCCCUUCGCUGUCUCUCCGUUCCUCUUGAAUUCAUUCUGUACUAAUUUUCUUCGCCUGUCAACUUCCCAUCCCACUUCAGGUUUCUAUUACCACUACCACUACCACUGCUACUACUACGACCACGACUAC